AUGUCUUCAUUCUUGUCCUCGAUGGGCAUCGGCAGCCGCGUCAACGCCGGACGCAGCCCUUCACGCCCCGCCGCCCCUCCCUCGAACACCCAGCACCCUCCCCAGCAGCAACAGAUGUCGCAGCCUACUCCCGGCUCGGGGUACUCGAACGCACCGCUUCCUCGCGGAUCGUCGAACGGCGCGCAGGGGACUAAGGGACAGCAGCAGACGGAGCGGUUGUACCUUUGUCUUCCGUUCGUCAAGGCUGCACUCGUCAAGGGAAACUUCAAGACUAUCGUGGCGCUGCCAAAGUAUGUCGACGUGAACGAAUGGGUCGCCGUCAACCUUGUCGACCUGUUCAACAACCUCAACCUCUUCUACUCUGUCGUCACCGAGUUCUGCACCGUCGAGAACAACCCCACCAUGUCGGCUGGUCCAGGCAUGGACUACACCUGGAUCGACGCGAGCCGGAAACGCGUCAAGCUGCCCGCGCCGCAAUACAUCGACUACGUCCUGACGUGGGUCGAAGGUCUCAUCAAGGACGAAGCGGUCUUCCCUACGAAAGCCGGUCGCGAAUUCUCGCCCAACUUCCCCUCGGUCGCGCGACACAUCUACACGCAACUCUUGCGGAUCUUUGCGCACCUCUACCACGCGCACUACGACGUGUACCUCCAUCUCAGUAUGGAGGGACACCUCAAUAGCCUCUUUGCGCACUUUUUGACGUUUGGGAGGGAGUUUGAUUUGCUCGAGCCGAAGGAGUGUAGGGCGCCGAAGGAGGGGUGGCCGUUCGUCAUUGGCGACUUGAUGGAUGCCUGGCGAGGGCUCGGCAUCCUCGAGGCGUGA